AUGCAAAUUCCAAUCCACAACAAGUAUGCCUUGGGUUUGCAAUUAGGUCAAUCGCUUCGUAUCAUAUGCUUGUAUCUACCACCCACCUUGGACUCAUCCACUGUGUGUGAUGUACUUGCAACGUUGCCUUUGACCCAUGACACUAUCCUUUGUGGCGACUUUAAUGCAAGAAUGGGUGACACUACAGGUGAUCAUGAUACUAAUACGCGGGGUACUUUGCUAAAGGAAUGGUGUGAAGAACAUGAUUUUACUAUCCUCAACAGCUUACUAGCACAUGGUCAACCCACAUUCCUCUCAUGGCGCAAUGGCAGAGAAAUCAGCAGCAUUGUGGAUUACUUUCUCAGCAACUUCACCUUGAGCGACUCAUCCAUCACCAUUCGCUCCGAUUUAUCACUCGGCUCAGACCACAAGCUCAUGACACUUUCAUUCAACUACACAGCACCACCACCUAUCACCACCACCAAUUCAUCAUCCAGUUGUCCACGUCGUCUAUGGAACCUUUCUCGACUUCGUGAACCUGAGAUUCGUGAAUUGUACCAAUCAACCUUUGCAACACAAACAGCUGAACUCAAAACACAACUUGAGGAAUUGCGAUCAUCACCACCAACAACACGACCACCCAUCGACAACAUCAAUGAUCAACUCAACACAGUCAUUUACACAGCACUCGACAAAUCAGUUACACCACGACAACCACGCCCCAAGUAUUGGAAGAAAUUCUGGACCAAGGACUUGCAGGAUUUAGCAGAGGCACGUGAACGGUGUUACAAGAGAUGGCGAAGAGCAAUUGGGAUUGAUAAAGUACAAUGGUGGCAGCGUCACAUUGAGGCUCAGGAUCGUUUUCAUCGCGCUUUACGCAAAGCAAAGAGGGAAUCAUGGAAAGUAUUUUGCCAAAAGCUUGAACGGGGUGACUUUUCACAAGUGCUACAUCGCAUCAGUAGAAUCACAGCACGACGUAAGAGUCAAGUUUGGUACACACAUCCAGAUGGCCCAGCAGCUGGUGCACAGGCAAUGAGGGAUCAUUUGGCAGGAAUUUAUGCUGGAACCACUUUACCAACCAUGCGACCACACCCACUCGACCAUCAAGCACAUCCUACACCACAUGACCUUCUUAGUAUGGAUGCUGGUGAUGGGGCAUUAUUGUUUCCCAGUGAAGACAUCAAGACCAUGAUUACCACACUCCCUCGAAGAAAAGCCCCUGGUGCUGAUCAUUUGCGUGCCGAAAUGAUCAUUCCAUUACGUGACACGUUGGCUCCUCUUCUCUCUUUGUUGUUUGAAAUUUGCUGUCAGUGGUCGUAUACACCCUCUCUAUGGCGCGUUGCUCAAGUGGUUCCUAUAUACAAGAAGGGUGAUCCUACUUGCACAGCCAAUUAUCGUCCCAUCUCGCUCACAUCCAUCAUCCGCAAGCUCUUUGAAAUCUGCCUCUCACCUGUUGUCUCUCAUUUCUCGCCACCACUCGAUAUCGCUCAAGGAGGUUUCAGGCCACGGCGCAGUGCAUUGGAUCAAGCACUAUGCCUCCAUGAUUUGAUGAAAGAGUACAGCCAUCGACACAGCCAUCGCCCAGUUGUUGCUUUUCUCGAUAUCAAGUCAGCAUAUGAUACAGUGGAUCGGCGGAUCAUUUGGCAAUCAUUACUUUCAGUGACAGCUCCUUUCGCAUUGGUAUCUUUACUCGCUCACAUGUUUGAUGAUGUCUCUAUCACCGUUUUACUUGCUAAUCAUUGCUCUACACCCUUUCAUCCAAGCACUGGUGUCCUUCAAGGUUCUGUCCUCAGCCCUCAUCUCUACUCCAUAUACAUCAACACGCUGCCUACACUCCUUCGGUCGGUCUCGCAAUUGUACACCAUCACCGUGCCAUCCACUUCUCCUUCGCAUCCACCUCCACCAACAUCUACCACCACACAUGGAUUGCCUUAUGGUCCCAUUUUGGAUACUGAAUCAUCACCAACCGCUACAGCUAUCAAUUGUCUCCUUUAUGCCGACGACGUUGCUUUAGUUGGUUCCUGUUUGGAAGUACAUCGUAUGCUCAAUCUAGCGCAAGAACACUCGUAUACCCUUGGAUAUCGUUGGAGCCCAUCAAAAUGUGCCGUCCUCAAUGCACCAUCACCAACAGCAUCCAACUAUCACCCACUACGCCUCUAUGAGCAAGACCUUCCUACAGUGGAUGAAUUCGUAUACCUUGGUAUUCCUUUUCAACGCACUGGUAUUUCCACAUCAGCCAUCAUCAAACAUCGCACACCAGGCACCAUUCUAUCCAUGUCACAACUUUCAGCUAUUGGAGCUAAUCGCUCUGGAUUCUCGUUGCUUCUGUCAGCCCGUUUGUAUGCUACUUUCGUUCGUCCCAAGCUUGAAUACGGCCUCGCUAUUGCAAAGCUUCAGCAAAAGGAUUACAACGCUCUUGAAAAAGUACAAGCACGAUGCUUGAGAAUGAUCAUGGGAGCUCACAAAACAGCAUCCACGAUGGUACUACAACACAUAUGCAACUUGCCCAGCAUGCGAUUUCGAGCUGAUACUUUGACCCUCCGUUAUUGUGCACGCUACAAUUGGCUACCUGAUGAUUGUCUUAUCAAACAACUCUCUGCAUCCCUCCCAUUCUCAACGGUGCCAACACUACGAUCACGCCGCAUGGUUCAAGAUUUUCCUUUUAACUCUGAUCCACCACCUCGCAUCACCACCUGGCUCAAAAAUUAUCGACAGCAACUGUUUGAUACCUUUAUUGCAAAGACGGAUCGUACACUCAUUCGUGCAUGUCGCCCAUCAUUAAGGAUUGAUCCUAUACUUCUGGUGCCUGCUUCUCGCCACGAUCGUAGUCGUCUCAUACGUUGGAGGAUUGGAUGGCUUCCUGGUCACCCAAAACCGUGUCCCUGUAACGAUGGCAAAAUGUCACGCAACCAUGUCUUACGCUGUAGCCGCAUACCAUCCGAUCUCUGGAACUCGCUACCUGUUCGCAACCAUGACUCUGAACAACACGUCCUUGACUUCGCCCUCAACCAGCUGCCGCUCUCUCCUGAAGCCUCUUGUCCACGUUGGUGGCGUUCACUUUGCACCAUUCUACAACACGUUGACAUGCUCACCCAUCCUGAUGGCGAUUUUACUGAUGAUCCUUUACCUGGUGACCUAUGGGCUAGUGCCACACAUCUACAUGAUUUACCUGAUGAACUGGAUUUCUGA